UCAAACACCAGACUCGAUAAUAACGGUGCUUCUUCAUACAUUGUAAUUUGUACUGCAUCGUAAUUCGUACAUUCAAGUUUCAACUACACAAACAGCGUCAUUUGUACAGCCUCCGUGUAUUAUUUUUAUUUAUCCUCAUAAAUUUGCAAAAACUACUUUGACAAUAAACAGCACAGUAGUUUAAUUUACAAAUACAACAAUUACAACUGUCAAUUUAUUUUAUAGAAAAACUCGUCAAAAAAAAUUUAAAAAUUGUCUAAAAAUAAUAAAAGUUUUAUUGUUUAUUAAAGUCUUGUUGAAUAAUUAAAUUAUUUAUUAAUAUCAAAUAUUAAAAUGUGGCCGUUCAGUCGUAUUUGCCAGAGUAAAAAACGUCUUGUUGGCAAAACUGUUGUUAUUACUGGAGCCAACACUGGAAUUGGAAAAGAAACAGCGAGAGAUCUUUAUCGAAGAGGAGCAAGAGUUAUUCUGGCAUGUAGAGAUAUUGUCAAGGCUAAUCAAGCUGUUGAAGAUAUUAAAAUAAAACCUCCAUCAAAACCAGAUCGUGAACAAUUUAAUGGUGAACCAGGUGAAUUGGUAAUAUGUAAAUUAAAUCUUGCAAGUUUAGCAAGUGUUCGUGAAUGUGCAAAAACAAUAAAUGAAACUGAAUCAAACAUAAAUAUUCUCAUAAACAAUGCUGGUGUUAUGAUGUGUCCAUUUUUAAAAACUGAAGAUGGAUAUGAAAUGCAGCUUCAGACAAAUCAUCUUGGACAUUUUUUAUUUACACUAUUAUUAUUGCCAAAAAUUCAGAAAUCAACACCAGCAAGAAUCAUCAAUGUAUCAUCACUUGCCCAUUCUAGUGGUGACAUACAUUUCGAUGAUAUUAAUCUUGAAAAAUCAUACUCACCACUAAAAUCAUAUGGACAAAGUAAAUUGGCAAAUAUUUUAUUUACCAAAGAACUUGCUAAUCGUCUAAAAGCUGCAAAUAUUGAAGGAAUAACAACGUAUUCAUUACAUCCUGGUGUUAUUGCAACAGAACUUGGUCGUCAUCUUGAUUCAGCAUUUAUUCCAGGUGCUAGAUUUGUUUGGAGCUAUAUUGCAAGUCCAUUUAUAAAAACACCAGAACUUGGUGCACAAACAACAAUUCAUUGUGCAACUGAUGAAGCUGCUGGUAAUGAAACUGGUCUCUACUACAAAGAGUGUGGUGUGACAACACCAUCAGCAAAAGCACGAGAUCCAGAAAGAGCUAAAAAAUUUUGGGAUCUUAGUCUCAAGAUGACUGGCUUGGAGCAAAAAGAAAAUAUCAAAGAAUUGUUGGAAACAAUUAACAAUAAUCAAAUAACAACAAAAUAAAUUUAUAAUAAUUUUUUUUUGUUUUAUUAUAUCCGUCCAAUGGAAUUUUAUAAACGUUAAUUUAUUACUGUCGUAAAUAAACGUGAUAUUUAUAAAUGAAAAAAAAAUAUUAACCAAAUAAUAUUAAUUUAGCUUUUGUAGAUUUUUUAAAAAUAUUUUUACGGUUUUUAUAUUAUUGUCAAAGUAGUGGGUAAAUUUAAAUAAAAUAAAAAUUAUUAUUAUUAUUUUAAGUUGUACUAAUGAUAAUGAUAAAUGAAUUAAUUGUUAUUGAAUUGAAUAAUUAUGUAAUAAGUUAUUACUAAUAGUUUUUUUGAAAAAAAAAAAGAAAAAAAAUGAUUUUUUCAUUUAUUAAUUUUUAAGAAAUAAAUAUUAUACUAAGCUAGUGUUUCCAGGAAUUUUUAUAUAAUUAUUUUUUUAUUAUCUAUAAUAAUUUUCAUUUUAAAAAAUAAAUUUUCUUUUUUGCUUUUCUUUGUUAUAUCCUGUUUUUUUUUUAAAAACUAGUUUGUAAUUUAAUUACCGUACACUUUGUAGUCUUG